AUGGCGUCUUCUCAAGAAUCACGCUAUCUCACCGGCGAUGUCGCCGCCAUCAAUGAAUUCCUCGACAAGUUCGAUACAUUCCUAAUAGACUGUGAUGGCAAGCGCACCGUGUUCGUGACAAACAACUCGACCAAGUCGCGCGCAGAGUACACCAAAAAGUUCGCGGCCAAGGGCAUCACCUGCACCGAGGAGGAUGUGUUCGGGUCGUCCUACUCGGCAGCCAUCUAUAUUAGCCGUAUCCUACAGCUACCAGCGCCGCGGAACAAGGUAUUUGUGCUGGGCGAGGCAGGCAUCGAGGCCGAGCUGCGGUCUGAGGGCGUCUCUUUCCUCGGCGGCACCGACCCGGCCCUCCGGCGGGACAUCACGGACGCCGACUUUGCCGGUCUCGCCGACGGCUCGCUGCUGGACCCGGACGUCGGAGUGGUCCUGGCAGGUCUCGACUUUCACGUCAACUACCUCAAGCUGGCCACGGCCCAGCAGUACCUCUCCCGAGGCCGUGCCCAGUUUCUCGCCACCAACACCGACGCCACCCUGCCCAUGAACCACGCCUUCUUCCCCGGCGCCGGCUCCGUCCUCGCGCCCCUGGCCAACGUCGCAGGCAGGAAACCGCUGGCCCUGGGCAAGCCCAGCCAGGCCAUGAUGGACGCCAUCGAGGGUAAGUUCCACCUGGACCGGGCCCGAACAUGCAUGAUCGGAGACCGGCUCGACACAGACAUCCUGUUUGGGAUCGAGGGCAGGCUGGGCGGGACCUUGGCCGUCCUGACGGGUGUGAACAAGAAGGCCGACUGGGAAGCCGAAGGGGCCGUGGCCCAUCCAGCGUACUACGUGGAUGGACUGUCAGAUCUGCUGGCGGCUGGUCAGUAA